GGGGGGGGAAAAAGAACUCCGCACAGUCUGGUCUUGUACGUCAUGACGUACUCAUACGUACUCUGGUUCGAGAAGUUACGGAGAACCAUGCACAGGACGUGCAGCGGUUCAAAGAGGAAGGAAGAUGGCGGAUAACAAAGGCGAGGAGGAUAUGGAACCGUCUACUAAUUCGGAUUCAGUGCCUUCAGCGCAAGAUAGCGAGCAGUCAGAGGCAAAAGAUGAAAGUGCGUUAAUAGUCAUGGAAGCGAAUACAAAGGGUAGCGAAGAAACAGAGCCCUGUGAUAAUGCUAACGAGGCACCUACACUCAACAGCGACGGAGGGGACGAUAGCAGCGGUGGUGCUGUUGGCGCGGGAGAAGAAACCAAUGGAAACGCCAGCGAAGCCGUUAGCCCGACUGGGACCGCCGGCACCAAUACAGAGCCAGCGGCAGCUGAAACCCUGUCAGGCGCAGAUGCUCCAGUUGGCGGGCAGACCACUGAAAUGUCUCCCCCUCCUACCGCUCCAGUGGCCACGCCGGUACCCGCUCCCGUUAAUUUACUGGAUACGUGCGCAGUGUGUAAACAAAGUCUUCAGAGCCGAGACUGUGAACCAAAACUUCUGCCUUGUCUGCACUCCUUUUGCUUAAAAUGUAUCCCGCAGCCAGAGAGACAGAUAAGUGUACAGGUACCUGGACCACACGGGCAAACUGACACACACAUAGUAAAUGUUAUGCGCUGUUCAGUGUGCCACCAGGACUACAAACAGAGUGACAUAAUUGACAACUACUUUGUCAAAGAUACCACAGAGGCCACCAGCACGUCUGAUGAAAAAGCUGCACAGGUGUGCACGAGUUGUGAGGACAAUGCAGGAACCAUAGGCUUCUGUGUGGAGUGUGGAGAAUGGCUGUGCAAGACAUGUGUGGAGGCCCACCAAAGGGUCAAAAUUACCAAGGACCACAAGAUUUGCACAAAGGAGGAUGCUGAUGCUACCUCCGAGUCUGUUGGUACAUCAGGACAGAGACCUGUUUUCUGUCCCAUCCACAAGCAGGAGCCACUGAAGCUUUUCUGUGAGACCUGUGACACUCUGACUUGUAGGGAUUGCCAGCUGCUGGAACAUAAGGAGCACAGGUACCAGUUCCUGGAGGAGGCUUUUCAGAACCAGAAGGGCAUCAUUGAGACCAGCAUGGCCAAGCUACAGGAAAAGAAAAACUACGUACAUUACUCUGUCUCUCAGGUGCAAAGCAGGAUAAAAGAGCUGAAUGAGACGCAUAAGAAGGUGGAGCACGAGAUCAAAAUUGCAGUUUUUACUCUUAUUAAUGAGAUCAACAAGAAGGGCAAGUCUUUGCUGCAGCAAUUGGAGACUGUGACCAAAGAGCGCAGUAUCAGGCUUGUGGCUCAGCAUAAGGAUACGACCCAGCUGGCCCAACAGAUUCACCAUGUUCUCAACUUCUGCCAGUGGGCCAUCACCAAUGGCAGCAGCACAGCGCUGCUCUACAGCAAGAGGCUGAUCCUGUUUCAGCUUCGCCAGCUCUUUAAGGCUAGACUGGAGCCAGCGCCACAGGCCAAUGGAGUUGUGCGCUUCUUCUGUGACCCCACCUUCUGGGCCAAAAAUGUGGUGAAUUUAGGUAAUUUGGUUAUUGAAAAGACACCUCCACCUGUGCAACCAUCCAAUGUGAUGGUAGGAGCGCCAUCCAUUUCACCAGGCCAAGGUCACCCCAGCAAACACCCAGGACAGAUCAACUUGGCCCAGCUCCGACUGCAGCACAUGCAGCAGGCAGCCUAUGUACAGCAGAAGCAGCAGCAGCAGCAGCAGCAACAGCAACAGCAUCAGCACCAGCAGCAGAUCCAGCAACAGAUGCGGAUUGCCUCCCAAAUGUCCCAGCAGCACACCAGACAGCCUGGCCCACCCAUGGUGCAACAGCCUCCAAGGCUUAUCAGUAUGCAGCAGUUGCCAAGAGGGCCUGGAGGUAUGAACGGUGGGCCAGGUCCCUCUAUGUAUCCUUCCUCCCACCACAUGCGCUUACCUGGUCCACCUCAAGGCAGAAUGCCCACUGCCCAGCCAAGACUUAAUGGACAACAGUAUCCCGCCAUGAUACAGGCUCAGCUGCAGAGACAGAUGUCUAUAGAAUCUGAGAUGAGCCACCAAAGGUUUCGUUUCUUACUCCAAUCAGGGCAUUCCAACCCAGGGCACGCAGGCCCUUUCCCUGUGGCAUCUCUCCAUAAUGCAAACCCUACAAGUCCCACCAGUGCCAGUAUGGCUGGAGCCCAUGCUCACCGCGGCCCCACUAGCCCCAUCAUAGGUCCCAUCGAGCUCAUCCCUUCUGUCACCAAUCCUGAGAACCUACCCUGCCUACCUGAGAUCCCGCCCAUUCAGCUGGAGGAUGCGGGUUCCAGCAACCUUGGCCACCUUCUGUCUCGCUACAUCACAGCCAGCCAGCAGCAUCAGCUGGGCUCAGUGGACAUGAAUCCCUCGCCUGCACUGUCCACACACUCGCCUGGAUCAUCAGGUCUGUCCAGUGCCCACACGCCAGCACGACCUUCAAGUACUUCCAGCACAGGCAGUAGAGGCAGCUGUAGCUCUGCGGGGAGGGCGGGGCCAGGUACUGGAGCUGCGGUAGAGCAGGUGAGGGUGAAGCAGGAGCCUGGCACAGACGAUAGCCAUACCUGUUCGACUUCCUCUCUCAAGACAGAACGUGGCAAAGAUGCUGGGAGAAGUGCCUGCAUGAUGAGCAGUCCUGAGAAUAGCCCCCACCCUGUAUUAGUGGCCACAGCUGCAGGCCAAGAUGCUCUCAAAGCUUUAGGGGAGCGUAUCAAAACCGAACCCCAGUCUGAGACCUCUUGUUCUGGACUAAAUGGUUCCAGUGGAGCCACGUCAUCAUCUUCUGCUACCACUAUGACCUCCACUACCUCGCUGUCAACCGAGAAUGGCAACAGCAGCACAGCAGCCCCUCCGCUCACCAAUGGAAACUUAGACAAGGGGACAGAGGCCAAAGAGAGUGAGGCAUCUGCUGGAAUAAGCAACCGUGAUGGCAAAGAGGAUGACCCUAAUGAAGACUGGUGUGCUGUUUGUAUUAACGGUGGUGACCUGUUGUGCUGUGACCACUGUCCCAAAGUAUUUCACAUGAAAUGCCAUGUACCUACCAUAAAAAUCUUCCCAAAGGGUGACUUCCUCUGCACAUUUUGCCGGAGUCUAACCAACCCUGAGAUAGAGUAUUGUGAUGACAACAGGAAAAACAAAGGAGAUCAGGCCCUGAGUCCCGAGGACCAAAGGAGAUGUGAACGCCUCCUGCUGUACAUCUUCUGUCAUGAGCUCAGUGUGGGCUUUAGGGAACCUGUUCCUAGCUCUGUGCCCAAUUACUACAAGAUCAUCAAGCAGCCUAUGGACCUGAAGAAGGUGAAGAAGAAGCUGCAAUUGCGGAGCUCCCAGUAUUACCAGUCCCCACAGGAGUUUGUGUCCAAUAUGCGCCUGGUCUUCAAAAACUGUGCCAAGUACAAUGAGAUGUCUCGAAUAAUCCAGGUUUAUGAUGAGGAGAAACAGAUUAAUACACAGGCAGGAUCAGAGAUGGCGGUAUCUGGCAAGGCGGUGAGUCUGUACUUUGAAGAGAAGCUGCAGGAGUUGUUUCCAGGGCAAAGCUUCCCUGAAACACCUGAACCCGAGUCCUUGGGUGAAAAGGAAAAGGAGGACGAUGACACGGACGAUUCUGAGGAGGACGUCAUUCAGCCCAGACGCAAGCGGUUAAAAAUUGAUGAGAAAGCCGUUCACAUCAAGUAAGAAACAACCACAAAAGAAAUGAGAAGUGAAAACCCUCCUCACAUCCCAUGCUUCUCCUUAGUUUGAGGCAGCAAACAAGGAGGACAGGAUUUGUUGUACACACUGCUUGGCUUAUCUCAUUCUUGCCUUUGAAAGAAUUACUGUCAGCUACAUAAGAUGACUGCCUUGUUGUGAACACUAAGGACAAACACGGAAGAGAUCUAUUUCCUCCUUAAAUCAUGGGGCACCUGACAACUUGCUUGUACAGAUUUUGAAGUAGGACCUAUUUUGCAGUAGCUAGCGAUUGGUCAUUUCUUUUUAUCCAUUUUCAUUUGUAGGUUGUUGUGACAAUUACUUUAUAAAAAAAUUCAAUCCCCUGUUCUGUUUGAUGUAUUAUAUCUAUACUUUGACAUGAAACCUACCAAGUAUUUGUAUGACUUUGUGAAAGCAUUGUGUAAAUAAGAGAAUCUAACCCAUUGAAGGUAUUCCUAUGGUAUAGAUGUUUGGGUGCGUCAUCAAUAAAACCAUUUCUUGAUAUAUCAAA